UAUCACUGCGUCAUGUUAGGUAGCGUUAGAUUGUUGUGAGAGAUGAGUUGAGUUGAAUGUCCUGUUAGCUCACAGUUUGCCUCUAAUUUCAAAGUUUCCGGAGGGACAUACAGUCUCCAAAAUGCCAAGACUGAAGGACGUGCACUGGAGGCAUGUAAGGUCAAGCUGUUAAAUGUGUUGACUGGUACCUUAUCAAACAGGCAUCUGUUAGUACAGGAUGCCAGAGAUGACUGAAACCCAGACACCUGGUCGGAAACCCAAAAAGAAGAAAAACAAAGAAUCUCACAAUGCAGUUGAGAGACACAGGAAAGAGAAGAUUAAUGCUGGAAUAAAUCGCAUUGGUGACCUUCUGCCCUGUUCUCAAGCACUUAAACAGAGUAAAAACAUGAUCUUGGACCAGGCUUAUCGCUACAUUGCUGAACUGAAAGAGCAAAAUGAUACAAUGCUUCUGGAAGGAGGAGAUAAAGUUCAAGCGGACGAGAUCCGACGUCUCCGGUGUCAGUUGGAGGAGCUGAGGAAGGAGAGUGCUCACUACAUUGAGCUACUCAAAGCCCAUGAUAUCAACAUUUUAGAAGACCCCACCAUUCACUGGAAGGGGAAAAAACGCUGCACCAAGGUGGCUAAGGUGACCCCAACUCACCAGCUUCCAAAGGGCAUCAUCGUCUAUUCCAAUGGCAAUGUGACAUGCCCAGCAGGGAAGGAGACUAGCCCGGGGGAACUGCAACCUGAAACAUUAAUUCUUCAGCCCCCCUCUGAGGUCAGCACCAAUGUGAGAGUUAAUGGAGCCGUACUUCAAGUCAGUACCUCUUCUCCCACACCUGCACUUCUUCCAGGCUCCACUGCCACCCCUACUCAGUCUACGCCAGGCCUGAGGAUGAUAGAGCAGUGCGUUGUCAACACCCCUGCUGCAGCACCUUCUCUGCCACCCUCUGUGUCUUACAUCACCCUUCAAAUCCCUGCUGCCACCACAGCUUCAGCCCAGACUCUAACUGUAGCAGCUACUUCAGCAUCACAGCUCCCCACUCAAGCCAUUUCCACUCUCACAACAACCCCACCCAAAGCAACAGCCUCAGACGUUGGCUCAAGGAUCACACAAGACACUGCCAUCAGGACUAUAAGUUACACUACAAUCCCUAACAGCCAAGCCCUUCUUAGAGCAGGGGCAGCAGGCAGCACACAGACUACUUGGACAACACUGCAGAUGGCAGGAAACACUGUGCAGCCGGUCUGUCAGAAUGUCCCCACCCCAGAGAUCAUCAACACCAGCCAGGCUGUGCAGCAGGUGACUGUGUGUCCACUGGGUAACAAACCUCCUGUUCAGCCCAUUCAAAUACAGAUGCAGCCACAUGUGCCUGUACAGCAAGCACCCAUAACAGCUCACAUCCAAGCACAGCCUUUUCAAAGUCCACCCCAGCUGCAGCCAGCAAUCCUAAACCAUGCAUUACCUCAGCCUGUCCUCGCUCCACAACCUCAGUGUGCUGUUCUCCCCCAGCCAGCUGUUGUGGCCCACCCUACUGUUGUGUCACAACCCCAGCCUGCUGUACUUCAACCAGCGUCCUUGGUUCCUCAUCCUCCCACAGCACUCAUUCCUCAGCCUCAACCAGCCCUGGUGCCCCAGCCACAGGCUACAGUGCUUCCCCUCCUUCAGACCAUGCAGGUGCUGCAGGUCAACCCAACAGCAGGGACAACCUCAGGUGUAUCAGCACCUCAGAGCACCAACAAUCCAAGCGUGGUUAUCCUGCAACAGGCUGGUGCUUGCCCAACACAGCCAGUUUUAAGGGAGGAAUUACCUAAUCAGACACCCUGUCAGCAUAUUGUAAUUAUCCAGGCGCCCAAUCAGGUUGCAUCAGCCCCCCAGAAUCCUCAGGUUGGCAUAGUGCCUGCUGCACUUCCUGGUGUGUCAACUCAAAUACCCACAACGAGCAGUACGGCAUCCUCUGCUUCCUUGCAGACUGUUGGGGGGAAGCAGCUGGUACACAUCCUGCCCCGUCCUGUCCAGCCCCAAGCGACCAAACCCCUCCAGGUCACCGUGGCCUCAUCUUCGCCACCGGUUCCUCCGACCCCACAGACUAUCACUGUGAACGGUCAAGUGUUUGCGCUGCAGCCCAUGAAGACUUCUGACAAACCCAACUCCCAGGGUAGCCAGAGUACCCUUCAGCUGAUCCAGCCCACCACCACUGAGGAACCAACUACUAACGUGGCUCUCAACAGCCUAGGGGCGCUCAGCAGUCUAAAUCAGAGCAUCUCUCAGGGCCUUCCCAUUCCCAUUUCAGCCCAGAACAAUGGACUGCCUCAAACAGCUCCAUCAUCAGUUGUCACACAGAAGCAGCCUCCUCCAGCAUCUGUACCUGGAACUACACUCACUUUACCAGCCCGACAGCUUCAGAUCCCGAGUCUGAACUCGGUUAAAUCGGGGCUGGGGGCUAAGGCCUCUAAGCCUUCAGGAAAGAGGCUUCGCCCCAAUCUGAACACAAAGACUGCAACAGCAAAGAGGACUAAAGCUGCCAAGAUAAAAGAGCUCAGUCAGGCACAGCCAGCUGUAGCUGUUUUGGCUAAGCCAGUGGCCACUGCAGGGGAAAAUCAGACGGUUCAAAUUACAUCUCAAGUUUUACAGACCACAACUGUAAAAGUCACAGAAAGCCCUGUGACUUCUACAACAGUUGUCACAAUUACAGACUGUAGUGCAGCUACAGGUAUUGCCAACUCUAUUCAAAACACUAAGAUAGUGGUUGAGUGUAGUUCUUCUAAUGAGUCUAAUUUAUCAAGUCAACCCAAUCCACAGGGUAAAAAUCCUGUCAGUUUAACUCAGACCAAUGCUAGCGCUGUGGCAUCUGCAGUCUCAACUGUUAACACCCCAUCAGUUAAGCCACCAGUUAGUGCAGCUGUGGCCUCUAAAAGUAAAUCAACUGUAGUUUCUGGUAACGACUCAACUAACGCCAAACCCUUAGCACCUGAGGUUCAACAGCCAGCUACUAGCACAGCAGCUGAAACCAUAGAAAUAAAGUCACCUGCUGCACCUGUUUCCAGACAUAGCAGAACAUUGGUCAAUUCUGCGGUUCAGCUUACUUCCACCUCUGUUUCUACUGCAUGUCCGACACCAGCGUGCACUGUCACAACAACUGCCCAGGUUUCUUUACAUCAGGCCUCUCAACAGAGUACAGCAUGUUAUUCUCAAGCUCCUCUGCCCUGUAACACAUCUGAAUCUCAGAAUGCACUCUCUAUGUCUGUUGCUCUCUCAUCACCUGCAGCAACACUCUCUGCUUCCCAUAGUACUGCUUCAGCCCCUUCAACAAGUUCAGAGUUUAGAAAGAGGGUUGCUACCAGCAGAGCUCCCAUGCAACAGACCGACACACUCAACCCUUCCUCCUGUCAGCCCACUGAAGUCAAACAACCCCAGCCCCCUAGAAAAGAAAAGGAGCCUCAGAAAGAGAAACAAAACCAAGCAGCAGAGAAAGAUGGCAUAAUAGCAGCAGUUUCUGAUACUCCCUCUAGAAAGGACUUUGCCCUGUCUCAACAGGUGUACACCAACCUUGACGAUCAAACCAUGGAGCAUACCAUGACAUCAAGCAGACAGACAGAUUCUCCCUUGUCCACAGGCGCUGGAGGAGGCAGAGGUUUCUCUGUGGCCUCCAUGCUUCCGCAGGGCCACAGUAUCAGUGCAUCAUCUAGCUCCUUUGGGACAUUUACAUUCACAUCAGAGCAGGCAGAGAUGCUGGCCUUGGCAAUGCUAGAACAGGAGAGUCCAGGCAGGCGUAGUGGAGACACAGCUUCAACAAACUCUUCCACAGCCACAUGGGAGCCCCCCAAAACCCCACCAGUGUCUAGUGGUAAAGAAAGAGGCUCAACUGGACAGCAAGCAAAAGUGACUAAACCCAUAGAUACAGCAACUGUUAAGCCUGCUGUACAGGUAUCUGCCAAUGGGCCCAGUGGGAAUAGACAUCAACAGAACAUCUCAUACUCCCAGUCCCAGUCUCUCCCCCAGGUCCAGACUCAAAGCGGGACUGUGGCUAGCCUCAGUGUCAACAACCUGAUCCGUCCUAGCUCCAGUCAACAACCCUACCCUGGUUCUCCAAGCCUGGGUGGCCAACAAGGCUCACCUGCAGGGACUUCGUCCCACAUAUCCCAGCCCUCAAACAACGCUCUCUCACCCUGCUCAGGUGCAGCUCAGCUGAAUGAGUACACCCCUUUGAAAACUGCAUUAAUGAGGGCUCAGGCUGGAGUCGGUGUAAGUGAGCGACAAGUGAAGAUCAUCUCCAAGCGGCAGGCCCAGGAGGAGGUGAUGCUGAACACCGGAAAGCGACCCAAGCAGUGCCCUCCAUCAGCACAAGCUGUUAGCCACAUGGAUAUUAAAGCAGCAGACCACAACCAGAUGAUGACAGGACAACUGCCCCCCACAUCCUCAGCUGUCAUGACGAGAAUCAAUACAGAAAGUGGAGGCCCCCUCUUUUCCACAAACUCUUUCAUGAGUCCUGUAGUUCGGCCCACAGAUGGCCACUGCCCUCCUCAAGCACCUCCUGAGCAGAACCAGCCAGGUGUGCUCCAUCUGCCCCAGGGUCAUCCACAGCAUGCUGCAACCCAGUCUGGCCAGCACCUGGGAGGAAAUGUUUACAUAAAACAGCAGCAGCAAGAGCAACAGAGACACCAUCUGUAUCAUUUGCAACACCACCUCACACAGCCUGAUCCCGCACAGCGCCACUCACUACACCAGAGGGCGCUACAGCAGCAGCAGCAGCAGCAGCAGCAGGAGAAUCAGCAUGCACAGAAGAAGCGUGGACUCGUCAGAGGAAGCCAAACAGGUUCGCCUGCUGGUCUGCCCCAAAAGCAGCAUCAUCUGGAAAAGUCUGGAGUUCAGCAGCAACAGCACACACAUACGCAACAACAGACACAGCAUCAGCAGCACUCACAACAGCAUCAACAGCAGCAACACCAACAAUCACAGCAGCAUCAACAGCCAUCACAGCACCAACAGUCUCACAGCCAGCAACACCAACAGCAGCAGACACACCCACAGCAGACACAGCAUCAACAACACCAACAACAGCAGCAGCAGCUACAACAGCAGCAGAGCUCCCACUCCAGACACCAGCAGCACCUGCAGCAGCAGAUCCAACAGCAGCACUUCAGACACCAGGAGAAGAGCUGUGAGGCCCAGGCUGCAGGAUCCAGGGCACACCAUGGUGGCCACCUUGCCCAGCAGGAGCACCUUAAGUCUGGUCAGGACCACAAUGCUAUGCAGAGGAUGAUGAACUCAAGGACUCUGGAGCAGCAGCUCAUCUCUCCUCCCAGCAACCCCGUGUCCCGAUCAUCCGAUCUGUCUUGUGCUCCAUCCCGGCAGGAACGUCACCGUGUUUCAAACUACUCUGCGGAAGCGCUCAUUGGUAAAAGUUCAACCAGCGGGGAACAGCAACAGCAACAGCAGCAGCAGCAGCAGCAGCGCAUGGGUCUCCACCUCCAGCCUGGCCGCGGUGCCACACAGGAGCAGCCAGACCUCCGAGGAUACCUGGACACAUCACGAGGAAAGGCCACUGUCGCACACAACCCUCAGAAUCGCCUUCCUUCCGACCAUCCAGGGUCUGCUGAUGUCCAGAGGGUCUCUGAGUGUCCUCCAUUCAAGGGCAUGGGGGGAGGAGCUCAUCAGCUCAGUGGUUUUGAAGCUCAAGUGUCCCGUGGGAGUGACAUGGCACCCAAGUCAGUGCCGCCUGCUCAGAGAGGCCCUCAGGGGCAGCAGCAGGGAGGCUUCAGGAUGUGUGUUGGCCCUGCAGCAGACAGCAGGACCCGUGGGGGCUACAAUACUACUCAUCCUGCCUCACAGGGAGUACAGGUUGCACCCACACUGCCCCGUGAGCAGGAAGGUUGUCACCAGAGUUUCAUGCAGAGUCUCCUCUCCCCCCACUUGCCUGAGCAGAGCAACCACCAGCGAGCGGUUCAGUGCUGCCCCCCGGUCAGCAUGGACUACAGCUGUGUGCCUGGAAGCUCCUCAGGAGACAUUCAGGCCAAGACUUCAAGUCCCAGCGUGCCUCAGUCUCAGAAGGCCCCGGCCAUGCGGCUUGGAGAGGGCAACAAGGGCCACAUUUCUCAGGUCAGCAGUAAUAUGCACGGAGGCCCCGGCGUGCGCGCAGGUCUCCCCCACCCUCCAACUCCACACAGCAGCUCAGAAGCAGGACGCACCUCCGCCCCCUCCAGACCACCUGCGGCUGUCAGCCAACAUUCUCGCCCCAUUGCCAGAGAUACUCAGCCUGCCAAGCUGAGACCUGGAGACCGGCCCCGAUCAGGAGCAGUGAGACAGAGUAACCCCUUUGAGCCUGAGGGCCACUUGCCUCUACCUUCAGGUGGAGGAGUGCUGCUCAGCAGACCUCAGUCGGGAGGAGAGGCCCGGCGCAGCACUAUUGUUCGCUUUAUGGCAGACAGUGGUCAGGUCCCUAAUGAUAACAACCUUGUUCCUGAGCAACACCUGACACAAAACUUCGGUUUUUCCUUCAUCCCCGAGGGGGGGAUGAAUCAUCCUCCUCCCAUCAAUGCAAACUCCACCUUUAUCCCUCCAGUCAGCCAGCCUAACGCCUCCCGUACACCCUCCCUCCUUCCUGUAGAGCCCCAGAACACUUUACCCUCUUUCUACCCGUCCUACUCACCUGCUGCUCACCCCAGCCUCCCCAGUGAUGUCACCCUCCAAUACUUCCCCAACCAAAUGUUUACAAGCCCGAGUGCCGAUAAGGGCAGCGCUCCACCACUGAACAACCGCUUCGGCUCCAUCCUCUCCCCGCCCAGGCCCGUAGGUUUUGGGCAGGCUAGCUUCCCCUUGCUCCCUGAUAUGCCCCCUAUGCCCAUUGCGCAUUCAUCUGGAAUCACCCCUCACAUAUCCAACUUCAGCCUCACCUCGCUGCUCUCUGACAUUACCACAGGUAUGCCCACAGACGGCUCAGCAAUGCCAAUGUCCCCCCUGCUGUCUCUCUCAAACACCUCGUCCACUGACUCGGGGAAGCAGCCCAACCGUCCCGCCCACAACAUCAGCCACAUUCUGGGCCAUGACGGCAGCUCUGCUGUGUGAGGAGGGUCCUGCUGCUUUUUGAUGAACUGGAACAUCACAUUUUUAAUCUGUGUUAUGUGAAGGGCUUUACACGCUCAAGAAGCUGUUAGAGCAGCUAGUGAACCGUUUUGAAGAUGAAAUGGCACCAUGUCUGUCUGCCGGUUAUGUUUUCCUUUAUAUGUUUAUGGUUUCAAUCUCCAACUUGCUUCCUCUGGCACAAUUUUGUUUAAAUUAUGAUUUGUGAUUAUGUCAAAAAUCUUUGAAUUUCAAGGUGACAGUUAAAUCUAAUCUUUUGUGUGAAAAGUUGGUGAAACCGACUCUUUGUAGUAAUCAAAAUCAAGUUUAGUUUUAGAACUUGAACUCAAAGUAUCCCGGUGUUACCAAACCUCCUGCACAGUACCCCAACAAUGUAAUUAACUAACUUAUAUCAGGUUAUACUGUACAGAAUCAGCUUUUUUCCAAGAGCUAUUUUGUAAAUACCAAUGUUUCAUAUCAGAGAUUGUUAGAUAAUGUAUGUAUUUGUAAAUACAAAAUUGAUUAAUAAAGUUUAUAAGAGAUAUUU